UGAAGGUCCGCAUGAGAGGGGUAAAAGGAGUUUCUGCAGGAAAGAGGAAGACAGCGUUGAAAGAGUACGCAGGGUCAUCACCAGGCACCAACGAGGAUAAAGGGUCAAGUUCUGGACAUGGAAGUCACGAGCCUGGCACCGGAUUCAGGGCACCGCAGGGAGCCAGGGCGGAGAUCGUCGUUGCCAAGCUCAGGGCCAGCCCAUCCCCCGCAACGCAGAGCCCGUCGGCGAUAGGACCUCGCGACCGCCUUCGACCCAGGGUGGAGAGCGCCGGCUGAGGCACGCAAGCGCGCUGUUCCGGCACAGGUUGUCGUGGCGCAGGGGGCGGGACCAGAUACGGUCACGUGAAGGGCUCUCGGCUACCGGGUCACGUGACCGCGGCGCGGAUCAGCUGAUGCGGGAGGAUUUGAAGCCGCGCCGCGAGGGAGGGAGGUCGCAGUGACAGCGACGGGCGCUCGGACCCAGGCUGCUGUCCCGCCGCACCCGCCCGCGUCCCGCGCUCCCGCCCCAGCAUGACAGCCCCGGCGGGUCCGCGCGGCUCAGAGACCGAGCGGCUUCUGACCCCCAACCCUGGGUAUGGGACCCAGGCGGGGCCUUUGCCGGCCCCUCCGACACCCCCAGAAGAGGAAGACCUUCGACGUCGUCUGAAAUACUUCUUCAUGAGUCCGUGCGACAAGUUUCGAGCCAAGGGCCGCAAGCCCUGCAAGCUGAUGCUGCAAGUGGUCAAGAUCCUCGUGGUCACUGUGCAGGUGAGACCUGCCAAGCAGGGGCCCCCACCGGAGGCCACCUGUGGCCACUGUUCUCCUUGAGGAAGAAUCUU